AUGAGUGCUCCACCAGGUCACACCGAAAGCGGCGAAGGAAAUAACAUAAUUACUUUCGUCCAAUGGAUCGAUAGCAUCCUCACCUCGGACCUCUUGGUGAACGGCAGUUUUUUGCGCACAGAAGAUGAAAAGGGGAAGAAGAGGAAGCGACAGGAAAGUCUCGAGGAGGCAACAACAGACAAGGUUAGAAAGGCAAAACGCUUUCGAUGCGAAAAUGCAAAAUAUGCGAGCAGAACUGUGGAGGAGGAUGGGGAGGACAGAGGACAUUAUCACAGAGGAGCAAAUAACCAAGUUGCCAGCCGCCCCCUUUACCGCAAUGUUAAAAGGUCUACACAGCUAUACCCUUUAGAACCUGAUGAGAGAGAAAUAUUUUUUGACGCAGAUGAAGAAAAUGAAUGUGUUGAUAAGGACAGAAUGCUCCACAAGAGGAAAACCCCAAAUGAUGAUUCUUCCUCAUGUGAUAUAUCCGAAAUAGGAAGUGACGAAGAGUCCACUGAAGGGGUCGCGAAGUUGGGGAGUAAGGACGCACAAGAAAAGAGUUCACUCAUUGAUAAGAAAAAUUACCCACAGGGGGGAAGCGAGUAUGGCCAUACUCAUGUGGAGGUAAAAGGAGGCGUUCGUGGCCCAUUUGUCUACGAUAUAACGAGCAGUCUUAUGUUUUAUUCAUCGGAUGAGGAUCUCUACGAUGAGGAAGACGGUGGCGGGGGGGAUGGUGAAAAGAGUGCUAGCGAGGGAACAUCCAGGAGGUCCAAGUAUGUAUCCUUUUGUGUGAACUACGAUAAGAUGGAAAAAAAUAUAACUAUGAUGAGGGAUAUGGACGAUGAAUUUUACAAAUUAUCAAAACAGGGCCACCAGCAAGGGGAGGGUAUGAACCAUCGGGAUGACACUCGAAUAACUGUUCCUGUGGUCACUGCAAAGGUUGACAGGGAAACAAAAUUUUCCCGCGAGGAUCAUCUGCGCAUGGGAGUAGAAACGGCCACCUGCAUGAAUAAUAACAGUUGGGCAACCAACCAGGAGGAAGGCAACAACGUUAGCAGUAGCAAUGCCACGAAUUUGAAGACGGGCGAGAGGACGAAGAAGCAGGAGGGAGUAUCCCCAAAAAACUUUGUCACGGAUUUCUCCUUCUGGAAUAUAGCACACGAAACUUACGUCACAAGACCUCUGUACGCACAACACUUGAAAAAGGACAAAGUCUCAUUGUUAGAUGAAUCUGAAGAAAUGGUUAAAAGUUAUUCCGUUAAUAAGUACUCCAUAAAAUUUGUGCCUAGACAUUUGCUUUAUGUGGUGAGUCAAGUAGCAUCCAGGACGUUUUUCGACCCCCUAUAUCGGAAAAAGUUGUUUCGUCAUUAUUAG